AUGUGUUACAUCACGAACAGCGGUUAUGAGGAGGGGUGCAGGGAAACAAGCAAGACUUGUUGGCGACCGUAUAUUGUCGAUGAUGACAGGUGCCCCCGCCGCUGCACUCUGCUUACCGCCACCCCCCUCACUAACGGGUCACUGUCUUUUCUUGGGCCCGCUCUCUCACAGGCCGGUGUUUUCCAGGACACAGGAAACUUUAGCAUUUUCCCCGGUCAAGGCCAUUGGACUGCCAGAGAGGAGGUCAGAUUGCUGGACGCCAUUGAGCAGUAUGGGUACGGUAACUGGGAGGACAUUGCGCGCCAUAUCGAGACUCGCACUCCGGAUGAGGCAAGAAAUAAGUACAUCAGCAGUUACAUAGAUGGCGCUAUUGGGCGAGCCUCCUGGAAGCCAGCGUUAGAAAGAUUGCAGCUCCCCAUUGAGCACACAGUCCCUGACACAGGACCACUCUCGCCUACUCUAGGGUCUUCACUACCCUCCCAGCCACCCUCCACCGAGGAGAACACCAUACUUGGAUACAUGCCACACAGAGAUGAUUUUGAGAGGGAAUGGGAUAAUGAUGCAGAAACAACGAUAGCACCAUUAUUCAUUCACCCAGUUGAUGAUGAAGAUGUGGAUAUGGCUCUCAAACUUGCACAGGUUGAUAUGUACAUGCGCCGUCUUCGUGAAAGAUCGAGAAGAAAAAGGGUAGUUAGAGAUUUCCAGGUUGUUCCACAAUUCUUCAAGAAGGAAAGAGAAAAAGCCCAAGUUCCACCAAAAAAGAAAAGCAAAGAUGAUAAAGAGGCAGUAGGAGAAAAACUUAGAACAAUUAGCCAGUUUCAGACAGCAAGUGAACACAGUAAUCUUAUAAACUCCAUUGUCCGAGAGAGAGAGUUAAGAACAAGGAUAAGAGAGUUACUAAGAUAUCGUCGUAAUGGAAUUAGACAUGUGGAAGAAUGCCAUGAGUUUGAGGUAGCAAGGUCGCGAAGAGACAGGAAAAAAGAAAAUAAAAAGAAAGGUCCGAGUAUUCACAACUUUGCCUUUCAUGCAGGCCAGCCUGCCUCAGAUUCCGACUCAAAUGGACCUCACCGCAAGUCAAAGAUAUUAGAACAGCUGUACCCUAGUAUUUGUCACCCACACCACAGAUGUGCCAAGGCUUCAAAGGGGGGAAUCACUGUAUGA